UUGACUUUGACAUUUGAGUAGAAGAAAAAUCGUAAUUUGGUUAUUGACGACUAAAUUACAACUUUUCUGUUGUAAAUUUAGCAAAAAUGGCACUCCGAGCUACUGCAGUUCGUUUAAGCAGCAUGAAACAAUGGGCUUAUAAUAUGUCAGGAUUUAACAGAUAUGGCCUGAUGCGUGACGACUGCCUCUAUGAAACUGAAGAUGUGCAGGAAGCUCUGCGUCGCAUCCCCGAGCACGUGGUGGACGAGCGCAACUUCCGCAUUGUCCGCGCCAUGCAACUCUCCUUGCAGAAGACCAUCCUGCCCAAGGAGGAGUGGACCAAGCUCGAGGAGGAUGUGCUGUACCUUAGCCCUGUCGUUAAGCAGGUCGAGAAGGAACGCAAGGAGAGGGAGGAGUGGGACGCCAACUAUUAGAUGUUUGUUGUUUAAUAAUUUAAUUUAAAUAAAAUUAGGUAAUUGUA